UUUUUUCUUACGCGUAUCUGACCAGCUCAAGUGUUGCGUUCUUCCCCGUGCCUGCCUAGUAUCUUUCUCGUUUCGUGAGCAGCAAGCACACAUUUCCGUGCGGCCUCGACGACGCGGGAGACAUCAAACCAACUAGCAGGCGCAAGACCGGGAACCGGAGUCUCCACUGCCGCCCCUCAAGGGCUUGGUAUUUUAUGGAACGCGUCCAGUUGCGGAUGCCCUCCUCUUUGUCUGCCUGUACUGCAGUCGCUUCCUCUUUCGUUUUCUUCUUCUGGAACAUUUGUACCCAAGGGGACGACAUAGAGGGCGAUACACUUUGAGGCCGCCUCGCCUCUCCCGAUAUCAUUUCCCCCUACUCGCGGAAAGGCAGACUUCCCCCUGAGUCAGCAGAAAUCUUUCAGGUGUGUGACGUCGCCAGAGGCGCCGGGAAGUGUGAACUUUCCCCUUUUUCUUGGUUGCAAACAACUCCCAGUUUCUGCGACCAUAUUGCGUGUAGGCGACGAGCGCGAGGCGAGUGCCCGGAUGUGAGACACGACGAGGCGACGUUUUUGCAUCCGUCGCUCUCUUUCCCAGUCACUUUUUGGUCUUUCCCUUCGCUUUCUCGUCUUGUCCGUUGAUGCAAAACGCCUUUCGCCGGGAGGGAAGCUUCUUUUCGCUGGCAGGCGCCUACUGUUACUCCUUUUGUGACCGCCCUACUGUGCACUCUGCCGGGUUUGUGCGUGUUCUGUAAUCCUUUUCCGUAAGCAGAUGUGUACCGCUGUGGAAUUUUUCAGAAACUGUGUGUAUUUCGAGGAGCUCAUUCACGCGCAGAUGCGCAAAAUGUGCUUCAAUGUGCGGACUUAGGUUCGCCUUCGCUAGACCGACAGAAUCGAACAUUUGACAGACGGUUCUGUACAUGAGUCCCGGCCGUGUUGUUUUUACUCUCCUUGUACGUCAUAUUUUCCGCGUUUUCCUUGUGAUUCAAGAUCACUUCCACUAAAGGAGUGUGCGGCUUCCUUUCCACCUUUUCCCCGCCUUUUGCGGCAAACGCAUUUUCUCUCCGGCCGCGUCGUGCGCCUCCAACCACCCUUCGCUUCUGUCUUUUGAGGGGGCCUACAGAGCAGAGCCUUUGGACAUGUCAAGCACCCUUUUUCUCGCUGGCUUCAAAAAAGUCUCAGCACUUUCGUUCUUUCCUUUCUUUCGUUGUCUGUUCUCUGCCUGUCAAUUGCCGUUUUCUCGCGCCAGUUCCCCCUGAUCUCCGUCUGCCGCGUUUCCAGACUGCCCCGUGUUGCACCAGGGCUCUCUCUGCUUGCAUGUCCAACUAUGCACAUUUCUCCCGUUUCUUUUUUUCCCUACGCUCUAUAUCCGUACUGAUGCAUAUCGUUUGAAUGCGAAGUCGCAUCCAUACGUUAAAAUGCACGCACAUCUGCAAACGGUUCCGGUCCCCUGGUGCAAAGUCGACAGCGCAUGAGAAUUUUUUUUGCUUCUUUUCCGUCGGUCAAGGAAGGAAAAGUGGAAGCUGUUCUGGACAUUUCCUCCCGUCAACUUUGCGUCCGCGAAGCGCCUCUUUUCUCUUUCUCAUCGUCAGUGUGCCUCCCUUCCUCUCUUUCCUUCCCUUUUGUUAACCGCGAUUCACAACUUUUCUCGCCCUUUCCCGCAGCUCUUGCGUGUGUGCUCUGUCUGUCUCCUCUUGGCUUCCACACGGAAAAAGUUUUCUUGUGGAUCUUAAGAUCCCGAUCAAAGAAGACCCGCGAUCGCAGAGAUCUCCCCUGCGCGGAUUUAUCGUUUUUAUGAAAACUGUCUCUCUGCACCCGUCCAGCUCUCGUCUUCUUUUGUCUAGCCACGGAAUCUGCGUAUCAGCCCUGUAGCUUUUUAACCUUCGCCUCCGGACCCGCGGUCUUCGCGUCGCUCUUCCUCUUUUCUUCGUCAGACGCGUUUCACUUUGUGGACUGCGAAGAGGAAAAGGAGCGGAAACUUGGUGUCUGUAGAAGGCAAGAGAGAGACAGCUCGCUGAGGAGGCGAAGAGGCCUAGACGGACCUGGAACAUUUCUGCUCUGCUCGGCUUGCUCUCGGACUUGCUGCAAAAUGUCAAACAUCGCGAGAGAACUCCUCAAAAAACAGUUUCUCGAGUUGAGUCGAGACUGUCCGAGCGGCUGCAGCGUGGGUCUGGACGACGAAGCUGGCGGCGACUUUUUCGUCUGGCGCGUUUGCUUCGAAGGCCCUCCCGACACUUUGUACGAAGGCGGCAUCUUUACCGCGGCUCUCAAGUUCCCCCCCGACUUCCCGAACCAUCCGCCAGAGAUGAAGUUUCUUCAGGACAUGUGGCAUCCGAACAUAUACCCCGAUGGGCGCGUCUGCAUCAGCAUUCUGCAUCCCCCUGGCGACGACGUCUUCAACGAACAAGAAAAAGCUGAGGAAAGGUGGAGACCAAUUCUCGGAGUCGAAGCGAUCCUGCUUUCUGUCAUUUCCAUGUUGGGCGAGCCGAACCUCGAAUCUCCUGCAAACAUCGACGCAGCGGUCCAGUACAAGAAGGAUUUGCCCGAAUAUAAGAAGAAGGUGCGGGCGUUGACACGCAAGAGUGUGGAGGGUUGACGCGUCUCUUUUAUGCCCUUCUCUGGAGAGCUUGGAACUCGGGAACUCCUAGGAAUGCCAUUUUAUCGUGUGGAACGUGGAACUGCAGGCGCUGAUCCAGCGAAGAUGUCUCUCUGGAUAAAUGACUGUGUACCCUCGAGCUGCAACUUCUGUCCUCGCUGUUCUCCUCCCCCCGUCUCUCUUCUUUCUUUUUGCGGCCGCGCUCUCUCUUCGGGUGCGUAGCGUCCCCCCUGCGUCUCUUCUGUGGAAAAAUCCUUCUCUCGUCUCGAACUUGUUCUCUGUUUUCUCUGCAUGCACCCCCCAGAAGAAGGGGGUCUGGGAGUCUUCGGUCGCGACACCAACCACGCAAACCGAGGGCGCUGAGAGAGGAAGCGAGAGUCCAGUGUUGCAGACCUCAACUGUCUACGCGGCGCGACGGACAGACACCCAUUUCGCGCCUUUCGCCUGCCUCCACACUUGGUCGCUGAACUGGUGCUCCAUCACCCACACUGUACACUUAAGAUUCGUAGGUUUCGACGCACUGCCUGUUUCCUGGGAGAGAUCUCCUUUCGCUCUUCACUCGCAUUUCUGCCACUUUGACGGACGAGACGUUUGUCGCAUUUUGAGAGCGAACACCUGAAAAAGACAACGACGAAACGCAGGUUUGAGGAGACGCUCACGCAUUUGUUUCGGACCCCGCCGAACUGCGAACGUCUACCUUGACGAUUCGCCGCCUCGUUUUGUUCGUCUAGCCUCCUGUACGUUCUGCACAGUGCAGUUUCACACCUCGUACUCACGCAGACUGGCACCUUUUCCUGCGGUAGAAGGUCACUCGGCUUUCUCUCCUCACAGGCAAACGCGGAAGGCAAUUGGUAGCCGCUCCUGCGCUAGACACCUGCUUCUUUCAUCGAGGGCUUCCGUUUCCAGGGACGAAUCGCGUUUCUGCAGACUUUUCGAGUAGACAGCUCGCUUCAAAAGGGAAGAGCUUUCCAGUCUUCUGCGCCUCUUCUCGUUUCUGCGAAGAACAGUCGACACAGGAAGGGAAACGUAGUCGAGACUCCCUCCUCUCCCUCUUCCUUCGGCGGCUUCUUGACACCUGUGCUCCUUUUUUCCCCUCUUCAACCGACACCUCACCAGCGCCCCCUAGUCUCUUACAUCCA